AUGGAUAGAUUUAAAGGAGAAAGAAAUCAUGGAGCCAAUGGCAGGUCCCACGAUGAAAGAAAAGGAGCACAGAAUCUGAAUGUGACAGAAACAAGCAACCGUUCAUCUAGUUUGAAUUUGGCUUUGCAUCUGAAAUCAGAGAGUCCAGAAGUGUACGACUUUAACGUUACCAUAUAUGGGUACAUACUGCCAUCAAUUGCUUUUAUCGUCAUUACAGUGAAUAUCUUAAUGAUAGCCGUUUUCGCUAGAGGAAAUUUUCGUUCCGCAACUCAUGUUGUAUUAAUAGGUUUAGCAGCAGCUAAUAUCAUACAGGUUAUUUCAAUAAUCAUCCCCUCAAUUUAUUUCUACGACCUCGGAUUUGCUGAAGAAUAUGUUCCCUACGAAUGGUGUGCUUUGCGAAACCUUCUUCUAACAUCUAUUCCGAAAAUUUGCACAGUAUGGGCUCGCCUACUAACAACAAUUCUCAGCAUACAACGUUACAUCAUCGUUUGGUUUCCAAUCAUGGCAAGGUCAAUUCUAAAGGUCAAACGCACAGUUGUGAUAAUAGCUGUAUUAUUGUGUAUUUCCGUUUUAUUUAAUUUAAGGCCUCUUUUCGGAUAUAAAAAUAUAAAAAAAGUGUACUUAAAUUCAACCGUGACAGCUGGAAAAGAAGUCUCGGGCUGUAUUUGGCAAAGAACUACCGAUUUUAAAGACAAUGGUGGACUUGCUCUCCAUAUUGUCCAGGUGUACCAGGUGUAUAUUCCUGCUAUUGUCAUGUUAGGUUCUACUCUCCUUGUUAACUACUCGCUGAUCAAAAACAGAAUUUCGCGACAAAAGACAAUGGAUCAGCGAAUACGGAAAAUGAUUGUUAUAACUAACAUCAUCGUACUGGUGGUGAUUGUUGAUUCAUUACUUGAGGCUCUCUUUAAAUAUUCUUCUUUUAGUACGGAAACGCCACUAUGUCCCUUUUGUGACAAUAGAAACAAUUAUUUUCAAGGAUAUAUGAAAUGUAUUCGGUUUUUAACGUUUGCUGCAAAUUUUAUGGUUUACUCGUUGUUAAGUAAGCAGUUCAGAGAAGCUUUGAAAUGUUUACUUUGUUGUCAAAACAACGAUCAAAGCAAAACCCAGUGUUCAUCGCAGGUUAAAAAAUAACACGAAUGCAUGUUUUUUUUUAAAAUGUAAAAUGCAUGUGGAAACAUUAAAGCUUGAUGGACAACAGAUUAACCAUCAUAUCUUCCUUACAUUUCUU